CGCUAGUGAUGUCAGCAUAAACAAGUUCAAAAAAUGAACGGAUUUGUUCCGCUCCGCUCCAAACUGCUCGACUCCAGCAGUUGCUCCAACAGUGGUUUAGAAGUUAUUUUUGAUGAUGGGUGCGUAGAAGUGUUAACAAAACGAGGGAAAUUAAUAGUGAAAGGAGAGUUACGUGGAAAACUGUAUUGGUUGAAUUUCAACAAUUCGAACACACAUGAGGCGUAUUAUUCUUGUGGACAAAUUCCACGGAACCUAGAACAAUGGCAUCGUCGAUCGUUGGCCUCUUAUUUUCAAAAAUUUGGAUAAGCUGAUGAAAGGUGAUAUGGUUCGCGGUUUGGAUGUGUCGGACAAAAGAAGCCUCGGAAACGAUAAUGUGUUUUGUGAAGCAUGCAAUACAGCACAUCUCUGACGAUGAAAACGAUGAUGACGAACCAAAUGUGCAAAUCGAGAAAUCUGGUGAAACAUCUGAACCGAGCACAGUAGACGAAAGUUUCAGGACAUGCGACGAAGAAGAAGCGAUGGAUGAUCGAUCUGAUGAACGCGAAGAAGCUGAAUCAUCGAGUCGUCGAUCUAAUAGAGAACGUAAACCACCCGGAUGGCAUGAAAACUAUGAGGUGGAUUAUGUGGGGUUUGCAUUAAGUGCAACAACUUUUGUGAACGAUUUACCGAAGAAGCAAAGAAUAGGCCUGACUGGAAUAAGUGGAAAAUAG